UAUAAAAACCGACGUAGUUGCAAGAUUUAAUAGAUUUCAAGAAUGAAUCAGAUAAUGAAUUUGUUUUACGCCAUAGCUUUCGCGUUUAUAACUUUUUCAGUAACGGAAUGUACGGAGGCAAAAGAUAAAUCAAACAGCAAAGACAUGGCUUUAGGGCUAGAGACGACAACGGUAUCUACGUCAAUAGAAGAAAGGGAUAAUAUUGAGGAAUUUAAUCUAAUAGAAGUUAUGGUGGAAUGCAAUGAUUCAUUUCGUGUUGAAAUGUCAUAUCUUGAGAGCUUUAAUAAAAGUGGAAGCCUACCAGAUGAAACUGACAAAACACCCAAGUGUUAUAUGCGCUGCGUUUUGGAGAAAGCUGGCAUUGCCUCACCUGCGAGCCAGUUCAAUGUGAAGCGCACUGCAGAAAUAUUUCCGCAGCUCAGGGAUGUACCCGAAGAGGAUAUUAUCAAAAUGGCGACCGAAUGUACUGAUAGACCUGAAACUUGUAAAUGUGAAAGAUCGUACCAAUAUCUGAAGUGUUUGAUGGAGGCGGUCAUUGAAAAAUAUGAUCUUGAAAGAUAAAAUGCGUGUUUACUACAUCUUCUGUACCGUAUACAACAAACUGACCAAUUGUGCUGCUCAUAGGAAAAACAUUUUGUUUAUUAAUAGAAAUAAUAUUCUAUUAAUAAUAUAUAUAAUUAUG